GUACGUGAUCUCACUUCUUCGCCAUUGUCGAUUUCCGUGAAGAAGGUGGUCUGGCUGACGCAUUUCGGAUGGAUAGUGGAGCAACUAGCAAUACAACAGCAGAUUGAGCUGCUCCAACAGCAACAGCAGCAAAUUGCUGCCACCCAUCAGCAAUACGUGAACAUGGGGCUCCUGCAGCCCCAGCAAUCUCUCGGGCAGGUUUCAGCUUAUUCCCCCACGAUGCAGGGCCAAGCUUCGAUGGCGGGAGUAUCGCCCCAGGUCAACGCUUUCCAAUUUCCCCAGCUAGCCCACCAGCAGCUGGGUGUCCCGAUGAACAACCAGCCCUCACACCGCCGCAAUCAGUCCGCACUUCCUGGUGUCGGAAUGGGGCCACCGCCCGCCCCGUCGUCGGGUGCAUCCGGUUCCGCCUUCGCUGAUGCCAACCAGCAGGGAAACCAAAACCGUGAAAAUGGAGGUACCGGCCGCGCACGAGGCGGUCCCCUCGGCGGUGGUCACCAACGGCGUCACUCCCUCGCUCUUCCGGAAGCCAAGAAAGCGGCGGAGCUGGCGCAGCAGAAGAGAACCGCCUCUUCUUUCCAAUUCCCCGCCCCCGGCUCGGCUGGAGCGAGCAAUACCGCGGAAAGUCCGUCAGGUGCGGACGACAAAUCAAAAACCUCGCAGGGGCUGGGCCUCCAGCGUGCUGGAAACAUUCGGGGAGGCUCUCAUGGUCGCAGCCAGUCAAUGGCCGUUGGCAGCGGCCGGGGUGCUUCCGGCUUCCAAUUUCCUGCGCCCUCUGACGGUGGGCAGUCGGAUGCCUCCAAGCGAGGCCACGGACGGACUCCGUCGAGGAAUUUCGACAGCAAUUGGCGGCAGCCAAAUAACAACAACAAUAACAACAACAAUAACAACAACCAGACCCAGGGCCAGGGUCAGGAUCAGCAGAAGACGACAACUGCAUUUGGCCAGCAGCAAAGUAGCAGCGGUUUCCAACCUGGUCACCGCGUGAGGGGUUCCAUCAACCAGUCUAUCAGCUCCAUUGGCUCCUUCCAGUACCCCGGUCAGCCACAGCUCAUCCAGCUGCCUCAGGGUCAAGUGGUGAUGGCCCCGCCGCAGUUGUUUGCUGGUCAGCAACUCAACCCGCUCCAGCUCGCCCAGCUCCAGGCGAUGCAGCAAAGUGGACAAUUGAACGGACAGCUCGGCCUACAGGCCAGCCAGCAGGCGCCGCAACAAUUGUCGGCUCAACAGCAGCAGCAACAGCGAAAGACCCUUUUCACCCCCUAUCUCCCUCAGGCCAACUUGCCUGCAUUGCUGAGUAAUGGUCAACUGGUUGCUGGUGUCCUGCGGGUGAACAAAAAGAACCGUUCGGAUGCCUAUGUCACGUCUCCCGAUCUCGAUGCGGAUAUCUUCAUCUGCGGUAGCAAGGACCGGAACCGCGCUCUCGAAGGUGAUUAUGUUGCUGUCGAGCUGCUGGAUGUGGAUGAGGUCUGGGCCCAGAAGAAGGAAAAGGAAGAGAAGAAAAAGCGCAAGGAUAUCACCGAUACGAGGGCUGUUGCUGACAAGCUGUCGCGGUCCGACUCCGGCGCCAACGGGGACAGUCAGCAAGUGGGUCCAGAUGGCAGCAUCCGCCGCCGAGGCAGCCUCCGUCAGCGUCCAACCCAAAAGAAGAACGACGAUGUUGAAGUCGAGGGCCAGAGUCUCCUGCUCGUGGAGGAAGAUGAAAUCAGCGACGAGCAGAAGCCUCUGUAUGCUGGUCACGUGGUGGCCGUGAUCGAGCGUAUCGCCGGUCAGAUGUUUUCCGGAACGCUUGGGCUCCUCCGUCCCAGCAGCCAGGCCACGAAGGAGAAGCAGGAGGCGGAACGCCUGGCCAGAGAGGGUGGCCAGGCCCGAACCCAACAGGAGCGUCAGCAGGAGAAGCCCAAGAUUGUGUGGUUCAAGCCUACUGACAAGCGCGUGCCCCUGAUUGCAAUUCCCACCGAACAGGCUCCUCGCGAUUUCGUCGAGAAGCACCAGGAAUAUGCGAAUCGCAUUUUUGUCGCUUGCAUCAAGAGGUGGCCCAUCACGUCUCUCCAUCCAUUCGGCACUUUGGUCGAACAGCUUGGAGAGAUGGGUGACUUGAAGGUUGAGACCGACGCUCUGCUCCGAGACAAUAACUUUGCGGCGGAUGAAUUCUCCGAAGCCGUUUUGAAGAACGUCGGCUGGGACGACUGGACGGUCGCCAGUGAGGGUGAGGCCCUUCUCGCUUCGCGUCGCGAUUUCCGCGAGGAGAAGACUUUCACGAUCGAUCCGAUGGGGACUAAAGAGCUGGACAACGCCAUCCACGUCAAGAAGCUGCCAGAUGGCAAGGUCGAACUGGGUAUCCACGUUGCUGAUGUUGCUCACUUCGUCAAGCCCAACUCGUUGGUGGAUCGGGAGGCUAAGAAGCGCGGCACUGGAGUGUAUCUCGUGAAUCGCAUCGUCAACAUGCUCCCGCCUCGGCUGUCGACGGAGAUCUGUGCGUUGCUCCCGGGAGAGGAACGCCUGACUGUCAGUGUUGUCUUCCAGGUCGACCCCGCCACUGGCGUUGUGGACGACGAUGUCUGGAUCGGAAAGGGUGUGAUCAAGAGUUCUGGCAAGCUGAGCUACGAUGAAGUGGAUGUGGUGAUUAAUGGCAAGACGGAUGUCUCUCUUUCGGGCGCAACAGUUGACGAUAUCCGCACCCUUGAGGUGAGCUCCUCUCUCUCUCUUCUUUUUUUUCUUCGUGGUCGUGUCGAGUUCUUUUUUUUU